CGCCGGCCGGGCCGCGGUGCGCCUCAGAGACGGAGGAUGCUGCAGCUGCGGCGGGCCCUGCUGGCGCUCGGGGCGGCCGGCCUGGGCUGCUGCUGCCGCCGCCUGGUCCUGAGGAGGCUCCCCGCCGCCUCGCCCGGCCGCCGCGCCUUGUGCAACCGCUCCGAGGGCGCCGGGCCCAACGGCUCCGAGCCGCCCAAAGAGGACGCCGCCGCCGCCGCCGCCGCCGCCGCCGCAGGGGCCGAGAAUAAGACAAAGCAAGGCCUUUUGCCGAGUUUGGAGGACUUGUUGUUCUACACCAUCGCAGAAGGGCAAGAGAAAAUACCAGUUCAUAAGUUCAUUACGGCUCUCAAAUCUACGGGUUUACGUACCUCUGAUCCAAGGCUGAAAGAAUGUAUGGAUAUGCUAAGACUGACCCUGCAGACAACCUCCGAUGGCGUCAUGCUGGAUAAAGAUCUCUUUAAAAAGUGUGUUCAAAGCAAUAUCGUCUUGCUUACUCAGGCUUUCCGACGGAAGUUUGUGAUUCCAGAUUACGUGUCCUUUACCUCUCAUAUUGAUGAACUGUACGAAAAUGCUAAAACGCAAUCUGGGGGAAAGGUCGCUGAUUAUAUUCCUCAACUGGCGAAAUUCAGUCCUGAUUUGUGGGGAGUGUCUGUUUGCACAGUGGACGGACAAAGACAUUCCAUCGGAGAUACCAAAGUCCCGUUUUGUCUUCAGUCCUGUGUAAAGCCUCUGAAGUACGCGAUCGCUGUGAACGACCUUGGCACUGAAUAUGUACACAGAUAUGUUGGUAAAGAACCGAGCGGACUGCGAUUCAACAAAUUGUUCCUUAAUGAAGAUGACAAACCUCACAAUCCUAUGGUGAAUGCUGGAGCGAUUGUGGUUACCUCCUUGAUCAAGCAAGGAGCAAAUAAUGCAGAGAAAUUUGACUAUGUGAUGCAGUUCAUGAAUAAGAUGGCUGGAAAUGAAUAUGUCGGGUUCAGUAAUGCCACGUUCCAGUCUGAAAGAGAGAGUGGAGACCGGAACUUUGCUAUAGGCUACUACCUAAAAGAGAAGAAGUGUUUUCCAGAAGGGACAGAUAUGGUCGGCAUCCUGGAUUUCUACUUCCAACUGUGCUCCAUCGAAGUGACCUGCGAGUCAGCCAGCGUAAUGGCGGCGACGCUGGCCAACGGAGGAUUCUGCCCUAUCACUGGCGAGAGGGUCCUCAGCCCCGAAGCGGUUCGCAACACCCUCAGCUUAAUGCAUUCCUGCGGCAUGUACGAUUUCUCAGGACAAUUUGCCUUCCAUGUCGGUCUUCCUGCAAAGUCAGGGGUCGCCGGUGGCAUUAUCUUGGUGGUCCCUAACGUGAUGGGGAUGAUGUGCUGGUCACCUCCUCUGGACAAGAUGGGCAACAGCGUGAAAGGAAUCCACUUCUGUCAUGAGCUGGUUUCUCUGUGCAAUUUCCACAAUUAUGACAACUUGCGGCAUUUUGCAAAGAAGCUCGAUCCUCGCCGAGAAGGGGGUGAUCAGCGGGUGAAAUCUGUCAUAAACCUCUUGUUUGCUGCCUACACAGGGGACGUAUCAGCACUGAGGAGAUUUGCAUUGUCAGGCAUGGACAUGGAGCAGAGAGACUAUGACUCCCGGACGGCGUUGCACGUCGCUGCCGCAGAAGGUCACGUAGAGGUGGUUAAAUUCCUGCUGGAAGCCUGCAAAGUGAACCCUUUCCCCAAAGACAGAUGGAACAACACUCCUAUGGAUGAAGCUUUACACUUCGGCCACCACGACGUGUUUAAAAUUCUUCAGGAGUAUCAAGUCCAGUACACGCCUCCGGAAGACUCCAGCGACGGAAAGGAAAAUCAAACUGUACAGAAAAACCUAGACGGUUUACUAUAAUAACCCUCUUUCUUCUAGAUCCAAGAAUCAAAUCACCUAUCUUAUUUAAUUGUGGAGAAUUGAUUAUGGAGAGCGUGUGUGUUUCUAUUUGAUAGUGAUGUGUAUUUUACAGAAGUAUCUCUUUGUUUCAGUGUUUACUGGAGUUUUCUUGGUUUAUGCACAUGGGGACAAAUAUCAUUCUUUCUCAGAAAAAAAAAUAAAAACACAACAAAAAAUCCCCCUCCAAAAACCUCUCUCCAUGUGAGCAAUAUUACCUCCUGCCACACGUAACCGAUAGAAGUACUAACCGUUUGUUUGUUCUGCGCACAACUUUAUUUUAUUUUGUGGUCGUCAGAUGAAGCUGUCCUCCGUGGUCAGGAAUUCCCCCGCUUUGCUUGCUUUUAAAAAAAAAUGAAUGAAUGAAACACAGUCUGGAAAGCGUACUUGUGUGGAUCAGCGUGUGAGCGUCUGUGUGGUCUUGCUAGUUUUCAAGAGCUGGCGCCCCCGUGGGCUUCGUGUGUGUCGAGCCCUUAAUAGUUCCCCAACCCCUUUUCUCGAUACUUCUUGGCAUCAUGUGGCCUCCCCUUCCCCCCCCCCCAAAAUAAAAGCUAGUAGUUUAAGUGGUCUAGGUUUACCUUUUCUUUGAAAAGCAUCGCAUCAGGGAACCUGCUCAAAGGUUUGCUUGACCAAAAAAAUGUAGAGUAAUAUAGUUUGAUCAUCUUACGUUAGACACGUGGACGAUGUUUGGUUGCAGCCCUCUUUGUCCCUCUAGUGGCACGUGUGUUUCCCUGCCACCAUAAUUGUUUCUUAGUCGCUGGCACCUUUUCUUUCAACUUUACACACUUGAUUUUUGCUUAGUUCAGGGGUCUGCCACCUGCAGCUCUCCAGAUGUUCACGGACUACAAUUCUCAUCAGCCCCUGCCUCGCCAAUUGGCCAUGCUGGCAGAGGCGGAUGGGAUUUGUAGUCCUCGAACAUCUGGAGAGCCACAGCUUGCAGACCCCUGGCUUAGUUGUGCCUCAUGCCAUGUUGGCCAACCUGCCUCACAUCCAUCCUUGAACAGAGGAAAAAUGGCACCUAAGCUGCUCUUGAGAACCAUCAUGUAAAAACACUCAAUAUUGUUAAUUUCUUCUCAAGCUGUUGUGCGGGUAAAGACAGUGGUGGGAACGGACAGCUGACAGCAGUGGAAAUUGAGGCUGUUGCCGUGAAAAGCGGUCUAGUAGUAUUCGGGGGUUGGUUUAGCUCACUGCGCAAACGUUUGGUGGGGGAUUCGGUUCCUACUGCAUCAAGGCUACAAUGAAUGAUGUUCUUUGUCCAUCCUGAGAUCAAGGUCAACAUUAGCAUACCAGCCUCUUGUCUGUAGGUAGGAGUUAGACUAAAACUUAAACCUGGAAAACAUCAGUGUUGUUUACAACCCUGGCUGUGGAAAGCAGGUGACAGCAAGUUGCCCUUGGCCACCUCCUGCAGUGCCCAGAUUCUCUUGACAAAUAAUGAGGAAGAGGAUACCAGCGUUGACUUUGGCUUAGGCACUGCACGCAAACACAUGGGGGAGACGUGGAGACGGAGCCUUCGAAUCAACUCGUGACCGAAAUACCUUGUUGAAGUACCGGAACCCAGGACUUUUCUUCACCGACACAAAUUCGGGUCUAGCUAUUUUGUUGCCCAUUGUCACUCCUCGGGAUCUCCCAUCACCCUUCCCCCCCCCCCCCCCCCCUAAUUGGGAGUGAAACAUACGCAGGUCAUGCGCCCUUGGUCACCUUGCUCAGAACUGUACGACCUGCGGGUUCAGGCACGGAAGGCGUAAAGCCGGCAAGACAUUUUUCGCUAAAACCAACAGUUCAGAUUUCAUCCUGCGCCUCAUCUGUUCACGUUUCAAUUUUGUGUGUUUCCAGAACGUCUGCUUUUUCUCAACCGGUAAUGUUACGAAGUAGGUUAUUAUGUUACGCAUACAUGUAUGCAUAUAUUACCGUCACAUCUAUAUUACACAUAUAUAUGCAAAUAAAGCCAUUUUAUCCGAACGUGUAUAUCCUUCCCCUUCCCGGAGCUACUUCGACAAUACCCUGUUCUGCAAAAAUUGCUUUAAGUCUGUCUCACUGUGAAACGGAAGUUAUGUUUUGUAAAGCUUUAGUGUACCUUGUUUGGAAGUUCUUUUAAAACGUAUUAUGCACCAUUCCUCCGUUCUUCUGUAUAUGGUGGUUUAGUUAGCCAAUUUGUUUUGAGUUACCCAAAGCUGACAUUGUUUUACUCCAAAGAACCCCACUAUUAAAAGCAGGGGUGUCCUAUUCUGACCCUCCAGAUGUUCUGACCCUCCAGAUGUUCAAGGACUGGGGCUGGUGGGAAUCACAGUCCAUGAAAAUGUGUGUUUAUCACAGCAACUAGAAGCAACUGAGUCAACUUUGUGCUUCGUCCGCAAAUAUUACAAAGGACUCCGAAUCACCUGUUCCAUCUUUUUGUGGGUAAAUAUGUUGUAUUGGGCUGAUGUCCUUUUUGUUAGAUGCGGAGCUGGACUAUCAACAACUGUUGUGGUGACCCUGAUUGUGAUCGAUUUGGCUUGGUUUUGACGAGGAUCUUUUAUCGUAGAGAAUUCAACCACAAUGAAUGUAUUUGCUUCUGACAAAUUUCCCGUGACCGACUAAACUUAACAAUACUUGAGCUGUAACCUGUUCUGAAAAUGAGAGGUUAUUUUCAGGAUGACAAAUGAGAUGGUGUUGCUUUUUACAACAUAAUAAACAGGAAUACCAGAAAGAAAGAAAAA